UAGAUGGCAACACUUUCAUCGCUUUGCGUCGAAAGAAAGAUUUGGUUGCAUCCUGAGUCUCGAAUGCAAGAUGAGUGCUGCGAGGCAUGCUAGGUUCAUCAGCCGUACCAUCCUUGUACAGAACAACGAUGUGGAUAAGGCAUGCCGCAUAUUAAACCGAAUAUUGUCCAAGGAAGACAUCUUUGGCCAGUAUAGGCGUACCAGGUAUUACGAGAAGCCGACUUAUGUCAGGCGCAGGAUCAAUUAUGAGAAGUGCAAAGCGAUCUACAACGAGGACAUGGCUAGAAAGGUCCAGUUUCUUCUGCGAAAGAAUAGAGUCGACCCUCAUCCUGGUGCAUCAUAAGAUUAUAGAUUCCAUUUUCAGUUGUACAAUAAUAUAAAACUAUCGGAAAGAACCGUGAUUUAUAGUCUAUUCAGAGAUAUCAACAUCAGAAAUAUAGAAGUUACACUGUCA